AUGAUCAUUGAUGGAAUUCUCUCACUCAUUCCUCAUCCAGUAGCUUCUCAACUCUCCGAUCUUAUCAAUUCUCAUGAAACUCUACCUGAGAAGGUUCCUUUCCUUCAUUGGCACUAUCCUUUGGCUUUCAGUUUGAUCUAUGUCGUUUCCUUGUUUGUGUUGCCCUUAUAUAUGAAACACGUGCGUAAGAAUGAGCCUAUUCGUUCCGUAUUAUUAGACUCGUUCAUUAAAUUCCAUAACUUGUUUUUGAGUGGAUUGAGUCUCUUGAUGGUAUUAGGAUUUGCAGGAGAAGCCAUCAACGUGAUGAAUGAAGCCAAAGGUGAAACCUUGGGACAAGUCAUUUCCUCAGUCACUUGUGAUGCUCGGGAUCGAAUGGGACGAGGAGCAAUUCCAUUCUGGCUCUAUGUGUUCUAUUUGAGCAAGUAUUAUGAAUUGUUGGAUACUGUGUUUUUGAUGGUCAAGUGUAAACCAUUGACUUUUCUUCACACGUUCCAUCACGUCUCGACUUUGUGUUUGUGUUGGUAUGUGAUUUUGCAAAAGUCUCAAAUGAUGUGGUUCCCUUCCAUGUUGAAUGCAGGUGUUCACGUGAUCAUGUAUUAUUACUUUUAUGUGUGCACUUUGAAGGGUAGUUCCAUUUUCACUCCUGGUUGCUUGAAUGUGGUCAAGCCAUGGAUUACGAGAAUGCAAAUUUUACAAUUUGUUGCAGAUUUGUUGGUGCCUAAAUUGUGGCUCUAUUUCAAGUAUGUGGAUGGUCAUCAAUGUACUGGUGAUUAUCAUGCUUACUUGUUGGUCGAUGUGGUUGUUGGAUCUUUCUUGUUGUUGUUCUUGAACUUUUACUUUAAGAGUUAUAAAAAGAGUGGAGGAAAAGGAAAGAAGGAAGAAUAA